AUGAUAAGUAAUAUGUCGUCUGUUGCUGCAACGAACGGGCAGUCAGAGGCUCCCCAAAUAAAAAAGAAAGUCCAUAUUGUCACUAAUUCGCCUGAUGCAGACAAUAGCAUGCAACGUGCACUUGGAGGAGCAACCCCUAAUGGAGAAUUUCCGUCAACUGCUGAACUGAUGCAUAAGUGCUUAUCUGUGAAUCCGUUCGAAGCUAAGUUCGCAGAAGCGAAUCGUCGAAUAUCUGCAGGUGUGCUUGAAGCCAAUGGACUUGCUCCUCCUUCUAUCAGUUUGGCUAGUACUCAUAAUUCAGGACUCUCCCUUCUGAAAAUCCCGUCAUCAUUAUCUGAAUCACCUGGCAUUUUUUCCAAUAUUAACAUUCUUAGAACUGAAGUAGACAAUGCCAAUGAGAAUCUCACAACAGCCGACAUCUCCAAAUUAUUGCAAACGAUGAAAGACCCUAUGAAUUCUGCUGAUAUCACCCAAGCCCCAAGAACAGCAGAAGUCUUAAAUACUGUUUUAGACAUGCACUCAGAUCGUCUGCAUACUAUUAACUAUUUAAACAAUCCCGAUUUCGCUAGCAUUUUCUCUUCUCUUGCGCCUACAGGAUCCGCUCCUAAUUCAGCUGGUGUCCUUGGAGUCACAACAUCAUCUAGUCCAUCAAGCAUUCCUACCACUAGCGGAGGGCUUCUUGCUCCACCAUCUGUUGUAGGGACUAGCCCUAGUCACUCACCUCAACAAGCGCAUGCUCAACAACCUUCUUCCCGAGAUACAGAUAAGCGAUCACCUGCUGGAUCCGAUAUUUCUCUCUCUAAUUCGCAGCCUAAUCUUUUAGCAGCUUUGCAUCAGCCCGAUCCUUUGUUUGAUCCAAGGGAUGUGAAGCCUGUCAUUACUCAGAAAAUUUUCUCGGAUGAUUCAACCCAUUGUAGCUCUAACAUUCCUUCGGUGGCCAUACCAGGUUCCACUAGCUUGAUGUCCUUAGACGACCAAAGCCGAGAUUCUUCUCCUCCUACAGGGGGACAUACACCUACAGGAGUAGGACGCGGUCGCGGCAGAGGUAGAGCUGCUCUUAAUGCUGAAUUACCUCAAGAUGACAGAAGGAUGACGAUUCUAGAACGGAAUAAGGCCGCUGCGGUACGAUACCGUAAGCGGAAGAAGGAGGAACAUGAUGAUAUGAUCACGAGGGUUCAUAAUUUAGAACAAGAAAAGGCCCAGCUAACAACUAGAAAUCAAGUGCUAUGUAGAGAAUUGGAGCAUCUAAAAGCCAUAAUUCGAGAAAGGGAGUCUCGUUGCGUUUGCCUCAAAGGCGUUAACUUAAUGAACGUUAAUCAUCGAGCCGAUUCCCCCAUCGAUGUAACUAUUUCAUAUUUCAGAUGA